UGUGGGGAGAAGAUCACCCUGUGUCUCUCCAUCCUCCUCACCCUCUUCCUCCUUCUUGUUUCAGACUGUGGGGAGAAGAUCACCCUGUGUAUCUCCGUCCUCCUCUCCCUCACCGUCUUCCUGCUCCUCAUCACAGAGAUCAUCCCGUCCACCUCCCUGGUCAUCCCUCUGAUUGGAGAGUACCUCCUCUUCACCAUGAUCUUCGUCACUCUCUCCAUCGUCAUCACUGUGUUUGUCCUCAACGUCCACCACCGCUCCCCGGGGACCCAUAAGAUGCCUCGCUGGGUCCACUCUGUCUUCCUGGACCUGAUCCCCAGGUGGCUGUUCAUGAGGCGGCCGGCGCCGGACGGAAGGAGACGCAGGUUGUUGUUGCUCCAGCAGGGGGCAGCGGUGGCACAACACCAGGGACGGACUACAACCACCACGAGACCACCAGGUGAGGUGGUAAUAACAGGACCAUGAAUAAUAAGUUGGGAGACUUUAUUGUGAUUUAUAGGGCCGGUUUCCCAGGUUAAGCGUAGUCUAGGACUAAACAUCAUUCUUAAUGGUGAUUUUCUAUUGAAAGUGCUUCUUAGUCCAAGACUAGGCAGACAAUGAUAAACAUUGUGUCCGGGAAACUGGCCCUCAAUAUAUGUAUGACUGAGGCAACUUUAUGCGUAGUUUAAAUGUAUCAAGUCCAAUCAUUAAUUCCUUCAUCCAGGCCUAGACCAUCCUCCCUGCCUCAGCACCUCAGCCAGCUGGCUCCGGGAUGGAGGAGGGACCAGGGAGGACCCCCGGGGACGGACCCCAUGUUAUGAGGACCUGGAGCUGGGGGCGCUGACCUCCUACUUCUCCUUCCGUCCUCCGUCACCCAGACCCCCGGGCUCCACCCAUCCGCCCCAGCAGAACCACCCACCCCAAGGGGCAGGGCAGCCCCAGAACCGCCUGGAUGGUGGAAGUGGACGAGGAGGAGUGAAUAGAAGGAUUAACCCCACCCAGCGACUGGAGAAGAUGGAUAACUUGGUGUCAGAGUCUUUGUCUCCCAGCGUGAUACGGGCUCUGGAAGGACUGCACUACAUUGCAGAUCACCUGAGGGCAGAGGACGCUGACUUUAGUGUGAGUGUUUAUGACAUACUAUAACACAAUUAAACUGGCAGCACUAGUAACACUGAUAUUGCAGAUAGUUGAAUGUACUCAUUCUGAUAAAUGACUAAAAAGUCAAAAUGUAAAAAGAAAAGUGGUUACCGUUCAUUCAAGUCUCUCCUCUCCUCCAUCUCUCCAUCCAGGUGAAGGAAGACUGGAAGUAUGUUGCCAUGGUGAUCGACCGUAUCUUCCUGUGGAUGUUUAUUAUCGUGUGUCUGCUGGGGACCAUCGGGCUCUUCCUCCCCCCCUGGCUGGCCGGCAUGAUCUAG